AUGCUGAUCGAGUUGAGCCACAACAUACUGCCCACAGCUCAUUCUCUGCUGACAACAAGCAUCCGGGGGGACGGGGCGGAAACCACCACCGUCUUUGACUAUGGGGACGAAGGUGUGCCCUGCGUGAAAGACGGCGUGAAACAGUUCGCAGGCAGGUUCCUGCCCCCCCUCUACUCGCUGGUGUUCAUCUUCGGGUUCGUGGGCAACCUGCUGGUCGUCCUCAUCCUGAUCAACUGCAAAAAGCUGAAGAGCAUGACUGACAUCUACCUGCUCAACCUGGCCCUCUCCGACCUGCUCUUCCUCCUCACGUUCCCCGUGUGGAUCCAUGCUGCUGCGAAUUGGUGGGCCCUGGGGAACGUGAUGUGUAAAGUCUUCACAGGGAUGUACCACGUUGGUUACUUUGGAGGCAUCUUCUUCAUCAUCCUCUUGACCGUUGACAGAUACCUGGCGAUCGUCCACGCGGUGUUUGCGUUAAAAGCCAGAACGGUCACAUUUGGGGUGGUGACCAGUGGGGUCACCUGGGUGGUGGCCGUGUUCGCCUCUCUCCCAGGAAUCAUCUUCACCAAAUCCCAAGCUGAGGAGUCUCUUUACUCCUGCGGCCCUUACUUCCCAGUCGGAUGGAAGAAUUUCCAUACGAUAAUGAGGACACUCCUGGGCCUGGUCCUGCCCCUGCUGGUCAUGGUCGUCUGCUACUCGGGAAUCCUGAAGACCCUGCUGCGCUGUCGCAACGAGAAGAAGAGGCACAAGGCCGUGCGGCUCAUCUUCGUGAUCAUGAUCGUCUACUUCCUUUUCUGGGCCCCCUACAACCUCGUCCUGCUCCUGGACACCUUCCAGGAGUUCUUCGACCUGAGUACCUGCAAGAGCACCAGCCAGCUGGACCAGGCCAUGCAGGUGACGGAGACCCUGGGCAUGACGCACUGCUGCAUCAACCCCAUCAUCUACGCCUUCGUCGGGGAGAAGUUCAGACGCUAUCUCUCCGUGUUCUUCCGGAAGCACAUCGCCAAGCACCUCUGCAAACAAUGCCCAGUUUUCUACCGGGAGACCACCGAUCGGGUGAGCUCCACCUACACCCCCUCCACGGGAGAGCAGGAUGUCUCAGUGGGUUUGUAA